AUGUCGGUGUUUGGUGGUCCACUUCCGCGAUACAAAGAAGAAGCAAACACUAUCCACCCUCUUCAAUACCCAACCCAUGUCCCUGUCAAUACGCGUCUACUUCCUUCCCCCCACCGCGAAAGUGUUUCGUCCAUGACCUCGGCAUCCACCGAGUCAUCCCCGACCACCACCAUCUCACCUUUUGAUUCGCCCGGCGGGGGUGACAUCUCUCCGAGCUCGUCCCCGGAAUCUCCAUCUGCCAUGUCGGUCUCAUACCCCAAAUUCAUGCCCUCCACACGGCCCGUGGAGCUUCCUCCGCGCCUUGCGCCUGUCGGUGAACCACGCCUGUCGCAGCCGACCCCUCAUAAUGCGCGCCCAGACUCCCCGAACCGGCGGGCGCGUAAUCUCAAGAACUUGUCAUUGCGAAUGCCACCCCCAUCUCAGUCCCGCCCACCUAUCGCUACUGCAUCGAUGAGCAAGAGCACGAGGCGACGCGUCGCCAAUCUGACCAUCCAAACCCCCACAUUCAAUAAACCGUUGUCCGGUAUCUCUACUGAUGCCGUGCCCCCAACUCCAUCCCUACGCCACGCAGAAUCUUCACCUUCGCUUGCAUCGAUUACAUCACCCUCGUUCGCCCCACGGGGAGGCAUGCAGCUUCCCCGGCUAAUGCCGCAUGGUACGCGCCGUUUUUCUAGCGCAUCUGCUGAUGAUGUUUCGUCCCCUGUCACCCUGCAGCCGGUUGAUGGGUCUGGCUUCUCUCGCCGUGUUCUUGAUGGCCUAGAAGAAGAGGAUGACCACCUCGACUCGCGGGAGUCGACCCGCAAGAAGGAUCGUGGCUACCCGGACGGGCCUAUCCGGAUCCACGACUCUGGUGUCUACCUGUAUCUGGAACCAACAGCAGAAGAAGCGUCCAAGUUUGACGUGGUUAUCAACGUCGCUAAAGAAGUGGUGAACCCGUUCAAUCCUAGCAAGGACGACCGGAACGAUACAGUGAUGAGCACUUGGCGCAACGCUUCCAUGGCCUCGAAACGCUUCUCCCGAGGCGAGCCCCAGACCGCGAUUUCAGAAAUGUCCUUUAAGUCUGCCUGGGAAUUUCAGCCCUCGGAUUCUGAGUCGCCAACCCCUACUACCUCGACUCCUACAACUUCGGUACCUGAGUACCUCCAUGUCGGUUGGGACCACAACUCCGAAAUUCUCGAAGAUCUGCUCCCGCUCUGUGAGCUGAUUGACGACCGGGUGGCCGAAGGAAAGAAAGUUCUGGUGCAUUGCCAGCUGGGCGCCAGUCGCUCGGCAUCGCUGGUCAUUGCCUAUGGAUUGUACAAAAACCGAAACCUGGAUUUCAACUCGAUGUACGAAGCAGUUAAGGGACGCAGCCAGUGGGUUGGCCCGAACAUGAGUCUCAUCUACCAGCUCACAGACUUCCGCUCUAAACUGCUGCGGGGAUCUACCUCUAAGCCCCCACCUCAGGAGUGGUUCGUCCAAACCGGCCGACGAAGCUCAGAGCCUCAGGUUGCACGAGCUGAGCGCCCAGAGUCCAACGAAUCCAGCCGACCACCAUUCCGUGGCCUGUCGCAGGCACCAUCAACUAGUUGCCUCUCAAUCCCAGAAACAAGAUCGACGCGUCCCACUACGAGCGACGACGGUAGCUACACAAAAUCCAAGUCCUACUCGCCCAAAAGGAGUCUGUCCCCCCGACCCCUCCCAUUCCGACAGAAGUUUCAGUCCGUGGGACCUGCCUCGGGCCGGCUACGGGGGUUGCCGCGUAGCGUCAGCAGCUGUGACCCGCUCGUUCAGACCCAUGUGUUUGUACGUGAUGCGCCAGACUCCGGUGGUGGUUUGUUCUCACCGAGGACGAACGAAUUCCUCUCGCCAACCCCUUUGGCACCAGCAUCAUUCCAUCGCAUUGAUCGCUCGGCAGCCCUGUCUCCACCUCCUAUCCCCCGUGCCAUGGGGUUUGCCACCGAACCGGCAGACCCCCGCUCGCCUCCAUCCGGCGGCGAACCCCUGAUCAUGAGAUCUAUUGAUGAAUUCUUGUGA